AUGCCUGGAUAUCGGAUGCGGCAACGGGUGCAGUUGUUCGCUAACGAAUACCCAAAGUCCGAGUUCUACGGGCUUGACCUCGUGCUGAAAGCGAUUGAAGCGGCCAACCAGCAGAAAGCCGCGGAUGGGGCGAAGAAUUCGACAUUUAUCGCCUGCGAUGCCGCGCACCUACCACACGAUUGGGGAAAUACGUUCGAUUUUGUGACGAUUUUCGAUGCGUGCCACGAUCAGACGCGGCCGGAUUUGUCUAUCCGCGAGAUCCACCGGGUGCUGAAGCCGGGCGGAAUCUUCGCCAUGGUCGAAGUGAAGGCGACCGGAAGCGUUCUGGAGGACAAAAAGACGGAUCCGCUGCGGAGCUCGAUGCACUACGGUUGUUCGCUAUUCCAUUGUCUGCCCGUCGGCAGUAAUAAGGAAGGUGCGCUGUGUUUGGGGACGAUGUGGGGCAACCACAAGCAGGAAUCCCUACUGAAGGAAUGCGGAUUUGUCAACCCUGAACGUAUCAACCCGGCCUACUAUCCGGUGAAUACGAUUUACGUCUGCAAGAAG